GUAGAUUUAUUAGGUAAACCCGGUCAACUAUUCAUCAUAUAUUUCUAAUUCUCUGCGAAACUUCGAGACACCUCGUCACGAAGGGACAAUCACGUCUUUUUGGCGCUUAAUUUGGUCGUGUGCUCGACUUGUUGCAUGCCUUGGCAAAUUCCUUUUUUAAAGGGAAAAUUUGUUGCCGAGAGUUGAAAGAGAAUCAGAGUUGUUUGUAACGUUGGGUUCAAAUGAAACAGAGAUAACGGAUUGUGAAGUUUAUCCAGAUAGAGAAAGCAGAUUUGUUAGGGAUGAUCAAUUCCAGUGAGGUGAGUGAUGGUCACGCUUCGCCAGGUGUGGGUGGUGGGUUGUAUGAACAGACGGUUGGGGCGAGCGCGAAGCUGGAGAGUGAUUACAUAGUUCACCCGAUGAUGCACCGAGGAGGCGUACCGAAUUUGAGGAAUGGAGGUGCGGUUGGGAUGAUGAAGGAUUUGAAUGGUAGUUAUAUGUAUUCAGGUAGGAUGAUGGCGACAAGCGAGUUUCCUCGAGGAAAUCCGAGUUGUAAGGUAUCUAAUACAGUGAGUCUCUCAUUGCCGGUAGGUGUGAGCAACUCGGGUCCCGUGUCGUCUUGUCCUGGAGUUGCUGGGUUUCGGAGGCCCGUUUUGAAGCAGGUGAUGAUGCAUCAGGCGCCGGUGGUGCCUGGUUUGAAUAUGUUUGUGCCUGCGGACACCGAGAAAAAGGGGGGGGACUUUUUGUUGAAGAGCUAUUUUACCGGAGACGCAUCGCUUGGUGGGAACAAGGCGGACGCGGUCAACAAGGGGGGGGGCGAUUGCAACAACGCGGAGAAUUUUAACCCGAACUCGCAGAUGGAGGCGGUGAUGGAGGACCAGUCGAUUGCCGAGAGUCAGAGCGUGAAGCCCGCUAAGCCCGAGGAAGCGACGGACCAGCUUCACGUGAGGCGGAUGGGUGUGAAGUCGGCGAGCAUGAAUUUCCAGAGGAAGGGUUACCACCACGGCUUGACGGAUCACUAUUACACGCACGAGAAGCUUCACGUUUGCGGGGCGCUGUCCGAAAACAAGAAGAAGAGGACCGAGGAGAUGAGACAGCGACACAACAAGAUUUCGCAGAAGGGCCGACAGAAGAUCAACGAGGAGAUUGUUCGGUUGAGGUGCUUGCUUCCGGAGUGCCGAGAUUCGGAGGUGUCCGGGUCGAAGUCGACGGUGUUGACGUACAACAAGGCGGCGAUUUUGCAGAGCGCGGUGAGGUACUUGGAGAAGUUGACGGAGUACACGAUGGCCGUGUGGACGCAUUUGGCGGACGUCGAGAAGGAGAAUCGUCGUUUUUGGCAGGUGAUGCAGCAGAUGUCAGCGAAGAUAGCGCAGGUUACGAAUUGUUCUUUGGAAGAGGUGUUGAAGGCGUACGAUUUGUCGGUGCAGCCGAAGGACAACUGUUCUUGCGUAUUGGUGGGUUCCAGGCAUCCGUCCCCGCCGCCGGUGGCGUUUUCCGACGCGGGCGCGCAGCACGAGGACAGCUGCGCGGCGACGGGGCCCGCGCCGGAGUUGAUGUCGUCGUCGACGGACAAGGGAGGUUGUUACGCCGCGAUGAUGGGUGGGGCGCCCUCCAAGAUGUCUCAGGCGCCGGUGGUAGGCGGUGGAGCGCAGGUGGCGAUAGACAAGUCGCCGCGUCAGCCCAUCAUGUCAUCCAACGUGGUGAUUCCCGCUUCGUCUUCCAACAUGGUUUUUUCGCUCGACGGGGGCGCUGCAAGCGAGAUGUCCGAGCACGCGUCCGACGGUUCGAUGAGUCGGAGCGGUUCGAUAGUGGACAUGGGGGCGUCCUGCGUUUUGUCGUCGUCGUCGUCGUCGUCCGCCGACUUCAUAAAGAGCGGGGAGUAUGGGAUGUCUUGCGGGGGUGCCAUGAACGGCUCGGCGGAAAAUGGUGGUGCCGCGGCGGCUGGAAGCGGUCCCGCGAGCCUAGAAGACUCGAGUUUUCUGCCGGACGUGCCCGCAUUUUGUUUGGAUGGCUUUGCGACGAAUUGCGGCGAAGGCGACAUGAUGAACAACUAUUCGUACGUGAACCAGCAGCAGAUGUCGCAGAAGUCUAUGAGCGGUCUCCAGUCGGCGGAGGUGACGUCAGACGACCAUUCAUACGCUUCCAUAAGAACGAAAGGUACUGGUGGAAUGUGUCUUUCGAAUGUGGCGUCGAUGAGCCAAUCGCAUGGUUCUGGCUCGAUUCAGUGCCAACAGCAGCCUUACGCGAGGGGAAGGGGAGGGUCUAGGACGUUUCAACCGCCACAAGGAUUUUUCGGUCAACAGCAAAUUGGCAGCAACGAACACCUGUCAUCUGCGGAAUCCGUAUCUUCUAUUGUUUCCUCUAACUGCAUGUCGCUUGACAUGGGCGCCUCGAACUCUUCGAGCGGCGUCGACCACCAGAGCGUUUCUUCUAACGGCAGCGGUUCGAUCGCUCUUCUAAAAACGAACCACCUUGACAUGCAACCAAACCACAAUUCUAACCUGAUUGAUUCCAACUACAGCAAUUCAUCUUCCUCAAGCCAUAUUUACAUCGCCUCCUCCGCCUCUGCUUCGUCCGCGAACGGCGCCGACAUGAGCGAGCGCAACGGCCACCCCUCCAACCUCUCCCAAGCCGCCUUCCAGCAGCCCUCUAUCUUUCAGACAAACCUGUCAUGCGGCGGCGACGUCAACAACCACCACCACACCGUCGUGGCCCCUCAGGCCCAACAACUCUCCAACGACCCCUCGCUGUACCAAAAAACCCCGGCCGCCGCCGGCAACGGCUACGAGCCCAACAACCUCGGCUCGGGGCCGAACGGCUCCGUCGACGACCUCCACCCACCAACGCCGAGCGGGGAACUGCAAAAUUCGAUCCUGAACCACCCCCUCGGGACCCCCGCCGCAACUCACUCCCUGUGUCCGUCACUCCUGUUCUCUCUGCCCAACGCGCCCCCCGCACCCAAAAAGAACGCUCAGGGCGACCUCUGCGGCCUCGUUCACGACGGCUCUCUCAACGUCGACAUGACCGGCAUCGUCGACUCUCUCGUCUUCGAGUCCCCCUCCUCCUCCAGGUUCUGCCAAUACGAGUCUGAGUGCCUCGCCCCAAACCCCUUCUACACCUCCUGAACGCCCCCCUCUCCCUCGCCCGCGCCGAGAUAUGUAUAUAUGUACAUUACACAUAUCAGACGUAAAAAA